ACAGCGCGUGCGUGCGCGCGCGGCGUCGCCGGGCUUGUGAUGAACUUCCGGUUGUCAAGCUGUCUGCCGGGCUGACUCAAGCGGAGGCGCGCGGAACAGUCGCCGCGGCGAUUCCCGCCCAGGCUCCUGUAACCGCCAGGCAGCGGCCCCGCCAUGUCCCAACCCCGGACCCCAGAGCAGGCACUGGACGCGCCGGGGGACUGCCCCCCAGGCAGGAGAGACGAGGACGCUGGGGAGGGGAUCCAGUGCUCCCAACGCAUGCUCAGCUUCAGCGACGCCCUGCUGUCCAUCAUCGCCACCGUCAUGAUCCUGCCUGUGACCCACACGGAGAUCUCCCCAGAACAGGUAAUGGGGCAGGCUGUGCUCUGCGUGGCAUGGCCCUGAGAAGACACAGGGUCCUUAAGGCCCGACCUGGCGCAGGGAGCUGACCCUGCACGCCUGGAAGCUUCUGAGGCUUAGGAGGCAGAGGCGGGAGGCAGGGGCCUCCUUGGAAAGGGAGGGAGCCAGCAAGUCCUGCUCAGCCUGUGCUCACCCGGGCAGAGGUCCUGGACUCCUGGGAGGGUGGGAGACUGGGCUCCUAGGGCUCUGUUUCCGAGUUCAGUGGACAAAGGCAGCACCCUGGAAGUGAGCCAGAGGACAGGUUGGAAGAGGAAGGUUCCGGGCCUGCCCUAAGGACAGAAGUUUCCUCUGUGGAUGGCAGCUGCCCCAGCAGGCCCCUUCCGUAGCUGCUCUGAGUAAACAGGGCCAGCGCCCGUCUCCACAGGGACACUCCCACCCCGGCUGCUCCCGCAGGCCCGGAGCAGUUCGACAGAAGUGUACAGAGGCUUCUGGCAACACGGAUCGCCGUCUACCUGAUGACCUUUCUCAUCGUGACAGUGGCCUGGGCGGCACACACAAGGUUGUUCCAAGUUGUUGGGAAAACAGACGACACACUUGCCCUGCUCAACCUGGCCUGCAUGAUGACCAUCACCUUCCUGCCUUACACGUUUUCCUUAAUGGUGACCUUCCCUGAUGUACCUCUGGGCAUCUUCUUGUUCUGUGUGUGUGUGAUCGCCAUCGGGGUCGUGCAGGCACUCAUUGUGGGGUACGCAUUCCACUUCCCGCACCUGCUGAGCCUGCAGAUCCAGCGCUCUGCUCACAGGGCUCUGUACCGACGACAUGUCCUGGGCAUCGUCCUCCAAGGCCCAGCCCUGUGCUUUGCAGCCGCCAUCUUCUCUCUCUUCUUUGUCCCCUUGUCUUACCUGCUGAUGGUGGCUGUCAUCCUCCUCCCCUACGUCAGCAAGGUCACCGGCUGGUGCAGAGACAGGCUCCUGGGCCACAGGGAUCCCUCGGCUCACCCAGUGGAAGUCUUCACCUUUGACCUCCACGAGCCACUCAGCAAGGAGCGGGUGGAAGCCUUCAGCGACGGAGUCUACGCCAUCGUGGCCACACUUCUCAUCCUGGACAUCUGCGAAGACAACGUCCCGGACCCCAAGGACGUGAAGGAGAGGUUCGGCGGCAGCCUCGUGGCCGCCCUGAGCGCGACCGGGCCGCGCUUCCUGGCGUACUUCGGCUCCUUCGCCACGGUGGGACUGCUGUGGUUCGCCCACCACUCGCUCUUCCUGCAUGUGCGCAAGGCCACGCGGGCCAUGGGGCUGCUGAACACGCUCUCGCUGGCCUUCGUGGGCGGCCUCCCACUAGCCUACCAGCAGACCUCGGCCUUCGCCCGGCAGCCCCGCGAUGAGCUGGAGCGCGUGCGCGUCAGCUGCACCAUCAUCUUCCUGGCCAGCAUCUUCCAGCUGGCCAUCUGGACCACGGCGCUGCUGCACCAGGCGGAGACGCUGCAGCCCUCGGUGUGGUUUGGCGGCCGGGAGCAUGUGCUCAUGUUCGCCAAGCUGGCCCUGUACCCCUGCGCCAGCCUGCUGGCCUUUGCCUCCACCUGCCUGCUGAGCAGAUUCAGUGUGGGCAUCUUCCACCUUAUGCAGAUAGCCGUGCCUUGCGCCUUCCUGUUGCUGCGCCUGCUCGUGGGCCUGGCCCUGGCCAGCCUGCGGGUCCUGCGGGGCCUCACCCGGCCUGAACACCCCCCGCCGCCCGCCACGGGCCAGGACGACCCACAGUCCCAGCUCCUCCCUGCCCCCUGCUAGCGGCCAGAGCCCACUCCCAGCCGUCCCCACCAGAGAUGGACCAGGGAGGACAGGACGCUGGGCAGGGGAAGCCAAGUCGCGGGCAGGCCGCAGUGGUUCUUGCGUGGCCUGAUUUUAUUUUCAUUGUGAAAUAUCAUGCUCUAUUUCAGUCCUCAAA